GCCGCUGCAGGAGCUGCGUACAGAUUGUUCACCUGAUGCGAGCUGCAAGUGCCGCUUGUUGUUGCCGAGCCUUAUGUUGUGUGCAUAUGGUAGCUGCCAGCAGAAGAGGAUAACGCAUUUUGGGCUGUAGCUUAAAACUUUACCAAUGCUCCCUUGUUUCUCCCUGCUUGAGGGGUUUUAUUCGUUUGAGUGGAGAGGAAAUGGUAGAGGAAAUGACCUAGAGGCCUUACAAAUACAUUUGUGCAUUUUUGUUCUGAGUCUGCAAUUGAGGGCAAACGCAGUCUGGAAGCACCACUUCUUAAAGUUACAACGGAAACAACUACCUCAACAAACAGGGAAAGGGGAAGAAGGCUUGCAAUAACAAACACUCUAGUUUUUAAUAGCUUAUACUUGCAAAGUCUUCUGUAAGCAGUCCAAAUUUUUUUCCCCCUCCAAUAUUAAGAAGAGACACUACAAGUAAACUGAGUUGGCAGACUGGAUCUGUCAAGACAUUUGAAGAUAUUUGAUCUGCUGACAUAAGGAUUUGCUUUUUCAAGGAAAGAGCCUCUGCACUGCUUUUAUAAUCGCUGUUGAUCGGUGGUUUGCUCCACUUUUCCUGAUACCUACUAAUGGGAGAGUUGUAUUAAGGUAUUGCUUCUAAAACUAUUAUUUGCAUUGACAGAACUAACUUUUGUAGAUGCAACAGCAAUGGACGACAUUACGCUCGUGAAGAACUUGUAAGCGAUCGCUUCUCUGCUCCAGUUGGCUUUUCUGCCUGCGGAGGGGAUACCACACAAGAGACAGAGCAUUAUUAAGAUACUUGGGCUUGCUUUUUGAGUACAGUUUAUAACUGCAGCAGGGCUGCACCGAACAUUGAAAACACAGAGUCAGCAAAUCUGCUGCCGUUCCCACUGCUGAUACAGAUUACACAGACGCUUGCCUUUCUGAAAUGCCUUUUGUGAAACCUAUGUACACAGUCCUGCACUGUUACUGUACAUAGAUACCCGAGGAAGGAAUUUGACAAGUGAUUGUUAAUUCAAGAACUCUCCGGACAAGCACUCACUUAUGUAUUGCUGCAGUGCACAAGAAAGCAAAAUGGACUAUAAGCGGCGCUUUUUGCUUGGCGGGUCCAAGCAGAAAGUGCAGCAACACCAGCAGUAUCAACUGCCCGAGCUGGGCAGGACCCUGAGCGCCCCGCUGGCAUCGGCCACCCCCAGCACCCCCCUGGUGUCCCCGGCUGCUGCGGGCGGCUGCUCCCACCCCGCCUCCCACACGACUCCAAUCGCAGACAUCCAGCAGGGAAUCUCCAAAUACCUGGAUGCACUCAACGUGUUUUGCCGUACGAGCACUUUCCUCACAGACCUUUUCAGCAGCGUGUUCAGGAACUCGCACUACUCUAAGGCAGCUAUGCAACUGAAAGACGUGCAGGAACAUGUCAUGGAAGCGGCGAGUCGACUCACAGCAGCAAUAAAACCAGAAAUAGCAAAAAUGCUGAUGGAACUGAGUGCAGGAGCUGCAAACUUCAAAGAUCAAAAAGAGUUCAGCCUACAAGACAUUGAGGUACUUGGGCGAUGUUUCUUGACAGUGAUGCAGGUCCACUUCCAAUUCCUGUCACAAGCUUUGCAGAAGGUCCAGCCAGUGGCACACUCCUGCUUUGCUGAAGCUGUAGCUCAGGAGAGGAAGAACGUUAGUGGGACUGGAACCUCAAAUAUAAGCCCCACAAAUGAGCUGGAAGAUGCAAUAAGAUCAUGGAGAGGAGCAGCAGAGGCCACAUCUCGACUGCGAGAAAGAGGCUGUGAUGGAUGUUUGGCAGGAAUUGAAGUUCAGCAGCUUUUCUGCUCACAGAGUGUGGCCAUCCCUGAACAUCAGCUCAAAGAGCUAAACAUGAAAAUUGACAGUGCUUUGCAGGCUUACAAAGUGGCUCUGGAGAGCUUGGGUCAUUGUGAAUAUGCAAUGAAGGCUGGCUUCCACUUGAACCCAAAAGCAAUUGAAGCAAGUCUUCAGGGCUGCUGCAGUGAAGCUGAAGCUCAGCAAACAGGAAGGAGACAGACUCCACCUCAGCCUAUUCAGUGUGAGCUGCCCACUGUCCCUGUCCAGAUUGGAUCCCAUUUUCUGAAAGGAAUCUCCUUCAAUGAGUCUGCAGCAGAAAACCUGAAGCUGAAAACGCACACAAUGCUGCAGUUGAUCAAGGAAGCCGGAUGCCAUAAUGGACUCACACCCCGGGACGACUCUCCCGUGACUGAAGUGCUGAACCAGGUCUGCCCUUCCACAUGGAGAGGAGCCUGCAAAACUGCUGUGCAGCUGUUGUUUGGCCAGGCUGGACUGGUGGUUGUGGACACGGCACAGAUUGAAAAUAAAGAAGCCUAUGCUCCUCAGAUAAGUUUAGAAGGAUCCAGAAUUGUGGUGCAAGUUCCAUCAACAUGGUGUCUGAAAGAAGAUCCAGCAACAAUGUCUUUGCUACAGAGGAGUCUGGAUCCGGAGAAGACUUUGGGGCUGGUAGAUGUGCUGUAUACUGCUGUGUUUGAUACACACAGGUGGAAGGAAGGAAGAGAGCAAGCUUUGCCUUGUAUUCAGAUCCAGUUACAGCGUGAAAUCUCAGAAUUUGGGGGCCAAGUUGACAUGCCAUCGGGGAAUGGAAGCAAAUCUUCAGGGGGUCUGCAAAAGACAUUCUCAAAACUGACUUCACGGUUUACAAAAAAAACGUCCUGCACUAGUACAAGUAACACAGGAAGUUACUCAAUCCCCAAUACACCUUCCAAAAACGUCUUCAUAAGUUCCAGCUCAGAGGAGAAAGCUAAAAUGCCCACUACCAUGGACGCACGGUUGCAGAACAUCCUGAACAUUGGUAACUUCCCUCGGAGCGCAGAUGCCCUGCAGCCAGUGCAGAGCACAAAUAACCAGCUCGUCAAUGGGUUCCUAGUGGAAAGGCGGGACAGCUUCUUCAAACCAGAUGAUGGCAAGGAUGACAAAGGUAUGAAUUUACCAACUGACCAAGAAAUGCAAGAUGUUAUAGAUUUCUUGUCUGGUUUUAACAUGGGCAAAUCCCAGCAGACUUCUCCGAUGGUGAAAAGAAGGAACUCUGUUGCAUCCUCUACAGCAGCAGAACAAAAGUCGGGAGCAGUUCAACAGCAGCCGCAGUCUGUGUCUCACACCCCACUGCAUCCUCCUCAGCAAGGCUUGUCCCAGCAGCAGUCCCAAAAGCAGCAGCAGCAAAUGCAGUAUUACCAACACUUGCUUCAACCUAUUGGACCACAGCAACGUGUACCUGCCAAAUGGCUCAGUAAUUCUUCACAGCAGCAAGCUCCGGCUGUUGGAGCUGGAUUGUCUCAUAUAAAUCAAUGGAACAAUCCUGGUUUUUCAGAUUUAAGCUCUGAUUUGUACAGCUUGGGUCUUGUGAGUAGCUAUAUGGACAAUAUGAUGGCAGAGAUGUUAGGACAGAAACCACAAGGACCUAGAAACAACACAUGGCCAAAUCGUGACCAAACUGAUGGAGUGUUUGGAAUGUUGGGAGAAAUCCUGCCUUUUGACCCUGCAGUUGGCUCUGAUCCAGAGUUUGCCCGCUAUGUUGCUGGGGUGAACCAGGCUAUGCAACAGAAGAGGCAAGCACAGCACGUCCGUCGUCCAAGCACCACGCGUGGCAACUGGCCUCUUCCCGAUGAUCCUCACAAAACCUGGCCCUUUCCUGAGUAUUUCACAGAGGGUGAUGUGACAAACAGCUGGUCUGGUACUCAAGGAGACUCUGCCAGCUCAAGUGAUGAGACCUCCUCAGCUAACGGAGACAGUUUGUUCUCCAUGUUCUCAGGGCCAGACCUUGUUGCUGCUGUAAAGCAGAGGAGAAAACACAGCAGUGGUGAACAGGAACCCAGCACGCUGCCAUCGCCCCCACUUCUCUCUGCAGCAGAUGAACGCAGUCAGGAUAACAAGACCAAAACCUGGCCUCCCAAGGCCCCGUGGCAGCACACAUCCUCUGUGCCGAGCACGCUGCCCAGCCAGAGCACGUCCCUGUACCCCAUGAGCAGCUCCGUGAGCCAGUGGAGCGACACCAUGCAGAUGCUCCAGUCGCCCAUGUGGGCCAGCGACUGCGCCCCGGCAGCCGGCCUCUCCUCCAGCUUUGCCUACGCGCAGCAGCAGCAAUCCCAACAGGCUUCCCAGCACAAACAGAUGAACAAGGGCUUUAAAUCUUUCCCAGUAAAGCAUGAACGCAGACCAUCGUACCUGCACCAGUACUAACUGCUUUUUGUACUGGAAAAUGCAGCACAGGGCCAAAUGAAAAUUACAUUACUUUGAUUCACA